AUGCCGUACCCUUAUGCCCUGCAGUGUCGCGAGACCUUGCCGGCUGAUGUGAUCGCCAUGUACGAUGUGACCGUCACAACUGGCGGAAGCAUCACAAGCGUCCUUUCCCCAUGUUCAAAGCAUGGGAAGUCCAAUAUAUUUCUGGCGGCGUGCGACGGCGAUGUCCCGGCGCUUCGGAUGUUUCUAGGGGCUGGUGUGGAUAUUAACAGCAUGGGGGAACCUAGCCCACAGUACGGCCCCCAGUUUAACCGACGCACACUCUUUCGGGCCCCGCCGCUCUGCUACGCGGCAGGCUACGGACGAGAAAAGGCUGUAGCGGCCCUCCUAGAGGACGGUGCGGACCCUCUGAAGACCUCAUCGACGGGAUUUAAGGCGAUAGAUUACGCCAGGCAUCGUGGUUACAUGAUCAUCGUGGAAAUGUUGGAGGCUGCGGAGAGGGGGCAGCACUCUGGGGAGCCAGCGGGGAAGGAAUGA